AUGUAUCAGCAUUACAUUCUGCUGCAAGCUGCCUCAGCUACAGAGGAGCAGCACCCUGCAUGGGUUGGCCUGGUGGAGUCUAGAAUCCGACACCUGGUGAUAAAUCUGGAGAGACAUGUGUUGGUGACCCGGGCCCACAUUAAUGUCCAGUCUUACCCUGAAUGCAGCAAGGGCAACGCAACUCAACUCAUUGGUGUGUAUUUCUGUUUCAGUGCACCAAUCAGAACCAAGUGGCUGAUUGGACUUGUGUUCAAUGAACAGGGGGGCAAACACCUGUCCAUAGACCUGACCCCCAAUCUCCAGCGCUUCAGUGACAUCGUCUACAGUGUGGCAAACCGCUGUCAGAUGUUCAGAGAGGGGAUGACCACAUCAGCUCGAUACAUGUCCCAGAAGGACUUCAGCUGGGAUCUGCCUCAGGAGCCUGGUAGAAGGGUUAUCAGUGAAGAACCGAAGCCCUCAGGGAGCCGUACCAUGGCGGCCCCUGCUCCAUCUGUGAUGAGUCACCAGGCGACAAAGAGGUCUCGCUCGCCUCACUCAGAAACUUCCACCAAGAAGUUUAAAUCUGAAGUGGGGCCAAGCAAGGGAGUCUCUCUCAGCCAAUCAAAGAGUGGAGGCCUCAAGAGACCCCACACUCCUGAGUCAGGGUCACCGAGCAAGAGGGUCAGAACGGUGCUGCUGAAGCCCACUUGA